AAAAUGCUUCCUCCUCCACAGACAUGGCCUCCAGUCGGCCCCUUCUGCUGCUGGUCCUGUUGAGUCUGGCUGAAGCCCAGCUGGCGGUGUUUGACCUGCGGGCCAGCGGCCUCCGCUCCGGCCUGCUGGGAACCCCCGAUCCCUACGUCACGGUGUUCAGUGGCUCCACCUCUCUGGGCAAAACGUCCGUUCGCCGCAACAACCGUAACCCGUGGUGGGAGGAGGAGUUCUCCAGCUACGCGGCCCAGGUGAACGAGGUGCUGCGGCUGGAGGUCCACGACAGCGACAUCGGCUUCGAUGACCUGCUGGGAACCUGCCAGCGUCAGAUCAGAGAGGGAACACACCAGCACGACUGCUACCUGGAGGAGGGAGGCACCCUCCAUUACUCCUACAUCUUGUACACAUGAGGCAUGUGGAGAUGCUUUGUGUUCAUCAUGACACACAUCUAGGAUUAUGAGUUAGAAUUAGGAUUCCACCAGGAAGAUUGUGUCUCAUAAUCAAUAAAGCUUGUUCUGGUC